AUGGAUGCGCCAACCCCAAGACAGUCCACUCCCCGCUACUCCUCCCGCCUCACACGCACCCAAGCAGCAGCAGUAGCAGCAGCAGCAGCAUCACCAGCAGCUGCUGCUCCUCCUGAUGCAGCGUCUCCCCAGCAGUCGAUUGAACAGGCAGACACACAGGCACUGGGAAAUGCGUACGCACAGGGAGAGAAUGAUGCAGAAAUGUCAGGAGGGCAGGGAGGAGAGCAAGAGCAAGAGGAUGUGGAUGUGAAUCCAUCACCGCCCUUCCCACCGCCGUCGCCAGCAGCAGCAGGAGGCAUGAGGGAAUCGCCUCCUGUGAUUGAAAUGACAUCAUCGGAGGAAGGAGGGGCGUUUGGUUUGCAGCACAGCCACACCUGUCCCAGCCACGCCGCUCCCAUCCCGCCGUUCUACUCGUGCUGUUGCGUCUGCAACGCCUUCUAG